CUACGCCUACGACGAGCGGCGCGCGGCCGUGUCUCGUGAGCGGCGCUCGCUCGCAACUCGCGCGACUCUCGCUGACUCUCGCGUGUCCGGAAACAGUUCGCUCGCAGAUCGCGACUUGGAUAAUUGUGGAGACUGUGGAGAGUCGCAUCGCGUCUCGCGGGCGAAAUUUGAACGAGAAAAAGAAAAGACACGACGAGGAAAACAUCUUCCUGUCAGCGCGUUCUCUUGUUCAUCUAUUUGUCUUUCUCUUUGUCCUCGUCAUUGUCAUCCUCGUUUCCAUCUGUCACUCAUCAAUUGGACGCGUGUUCUCCCCAUGCGGCCGCGAGACAGCGGCCCGUGCGUUCGCGCCCGCGCUCGCGUGCGGCGUGCGUACGAAUAUCGUGCGUGGCUGCAUGCGUGACGACGACGGUGACGGCGACGACGGGCCACGCUUCCCUGGUGUACGCGCGGAUUUAUCUUUCGACAAGCGGUGAAAUGCCGACAAGCUGGCGACACGCGUGCGACGGCAUAGGCAAAUGCGGACACGCGACCACGCACGGGCGCCGGCACAGUCAAUGCAACCAGCCAGGGGGAACCCCCGGGUUCCCAGUCCUGGGCCGUUGCGACCGUUCACCCCGCCGGAUCUCUCUUCCAUACCGCAUAUGGACGACACAUCCCUGCACAACGGCAGCAGUAACAACAACGACAACGCGUCACCUGCGGUUAACCGAGCGAACAACGGCGCACAACAGGAAUCCACCGGGCCCUUCAUCAUCGGCAGCCCCAUCGAUCUCGGAGACAUCGAUAAUGUCGACAAUAUCGGUCUUCGUCUGGAUCCCAUUACACGUGGCAGUAGCAAACGGAGAACGCGGGAGCACAUCGAGCUGCAGGAGACCGGAUCACCGGAUUCCGUUGGUCCGAUAAGAGCGGAAAAUGGCUCACAGGGUGAUGAUCAACCAGCCACGCAACAGAAUGAUGGCGAAGAAAGAGUAAUUUUCGUCAAUGCCCCUCAUCAACCUGCGAAAUAUAAAAACAAUCACAUUACUACCGCGAAAUACUCAUUUCUAUCGUUCGUACCCCUGUUCCUGUUCGAACAAUUCCGUCGCUACAGCAACUGUUUCUUCCUGUUCAUCGCACUUAUGCAGCAAAUACCAGAUGUGUCUCCGACAGGACGUUGGACUACAUUAGUUCCACUGAUUUUUAUCCUUAGUGUAUCCGCUUUGAAAGAGAUAAUCGAGGAUGUUAAAAGACAUAGAGCAGAUGAUGAAAUAAAUAUGAGGGAAGUAGAGGUGCUGAGAGAAGGGCGCUGGCAAUGGAUACAGUGGCGCGCCGUGGCCGUCGGCGAUGUGGUUAAGGUUCACAACAACACUUUCUUCCCUGCUGACUUGAUUUUGUUGUCAUCGUCGGAGCCGCAGGGUAUGUCCUUCAUAGAGACCGCCAACCUGGAUGGUGAGACGAAUCUGAAAAUCCGACAGGCCCAUCCCGACACUGCCAAUCUCUUGGAUACCGCGGAAUUAAUGAAUUUUCGCGCGAACAUCCAGUGUGAGCCGCCCAAUAGACAUUUGUAUGAGUUCCACGGAGUCUUACGGGAGACCAAUAAACAGAGCGUAGCUUUAGGACCCGAUCAAUUAUUACUCCGUGGCGCGGUGUUGCGGAAUACGCGGUGGGUGUUUGGUGUAGUGAUAUACACGGGACACGACACGAAACUCAUGCAGAAUAAUACCACGACAGCGCCGUUAAAACGAUCUACUUUGGAUCGGUUGAUCAACACGCAGACACUGAUGCUAUUUUUCAUACUUCUUCUGUUGUGCAUUCUUUCCGCGAUAUUCAAUGUCAUGUGGACGAAUGCCAACAAAGAAGGUCUCUGGUAUCUGGGAUUACAAGAAGAAAUGACUAAGAACUUCGCUUUCAAUCUACUGACGUUUAUUAUUCUCUUCAAUAAUCUAAUACCGAUAUCGUUGCAAGUGACGCUCGAAGUAGUGAGAUUUGUUCAGGCCACGUUUAUUAAUAUGGAUAUAGAAAUGUAUCACCCGGAGACGGAUACUCCAGCGAUGGCUCGUACGAGUAAUCUGAAUGAAGAACUCGGGAUAGUUAAAUACAUAUUCACAGACAAAACUGGCACCCUUACGAAAAACGUUAUGGAAUUUAAGCGAUGUUCGAUCGGUGGAAGACUGUACGAUUUGCCAAAUCCAUUAAAUGACGAAAGUACAAGUGAUAGCAGCUGCGAGUUAAUUAAGGAUAUCAUGGAAGGAAGAUCCGUGCGCGAUUUGUCGAAUCCUAUCGAUAAGAAGAAAGCGGAGCACGCGAUCAUACUUCAUGAGUUUAUGGUUAUGUUGUCGGUUUGCCACACGGUUAUUCCUGAAAAAUUAGAUGACUCCAUAAUCUACCACGCAGCGUCUCCUGAUGAAAGAGCGCUAGUGGAUGGAGCACGUAAAUUUAACUACGUGUUCGAUACGCGGACGCCCAGUUAUGUGGAAAUUGUAGCUUUAGGCGAGACGUUGCGUUACGAAAUCCUGAACGUUAUAGAAUUCACUUCGGCUAGGAAGCGUAUGUCUGUGAUCGUGAAAACGCCUGAGGGAAAGAUUAAGAUUUUUUGCAAAGGCGCAGACUCAGUCAUCUACGAAAGAUUGAUGUCGACUUCUUUAGAAACUAGCGAUCUUGACCUAGAGCACGCGGAUUUUCGUGAGACGACCCUAGAACAUUUGGAAGCCUUUGCCAGCGAUGGAUUACGGACGCUUUGUUUCGCCUCCGCAGAAAUACCUGAUAACGUUUACCAGUGGUGGCGCGAAUCAUACCAUAAAGCGUCAAUUAGUCUUAGGAAUCGUGAAAGUAUGCUGGAACAAGCUGCGAAUUUUAUUGAGACUAAACUUACGUUAUUAGGAGCAACUGCAAUUGAAGAUCAACUACAAGAUCAAGUCCCAGAAACAAUACAAGCUUUUAUACAAGCUGAUAUCCAUGUCUGGGUAUUGACGGGAGAUAAGCAGGAAACUGCCAUAAAUAUUGGGUACUCGUGUAAAUUGAUAACACAUGGAAUGCCACUUUAUAUUAUUAAUGAAUCUUCUUUGGAUAAAACGAGGGAAGUCAUCAUUCAACGCUGUCUUGAUUUUGGGAUUGAUUUGAAAUGCCAAAACGACGUAGCCCUGAUUAUAGAUGGCAGUACAUUAGAUUACGCUUUGUCUUGCGACAUCAGGAUGGAGUUCUUGGAAUUGUGUUCAGCUUGCAAAGUUGUUAUCUGUUGCAGGGUAUCGCCAAUUCAAAAAGCUGAGGUGGUUGAUUUAAUCACGAGUAACAAAAAAGCGGUGACUCUUGCGAUCGGGGAUGGCGCAAACGAUGUGGCUAUGAUACAGAAAGCUCACAUUGGCGUCGGUAUCUCAGGCGUGGAAGGUCUUCAAGCGGCUUGUGCCUCUGAUUACUCCAUUGCACAAUUUCGUUUUCUGAAACGUUUAUUAUUUGUUCACGGCUCUUGGAAUUACAGCAGAAUGUGUAAAUUAAUCUUAUAUUCAUUUUACAAGAAUAUCUGUCUAUAUGUUAUCGAAUUAUGGUUUGCCAUCUAUUCCGGCUGGUCCGGGCAGAUUCUUUUCGAAAGAUGGUCCAUUGGGCUUUACAACGUGGUCUUUACCGCUGCGCCUCCGUUAGCUAUGGGUCUCUUUGAUAAAGUAUGUUCCGCGGAAACUCAUUUAGCCCAUCCAGGAUUGUAUGCGACGAAGAAUAACGGCGAAUCGUUCUUUAAUAUUAAAGUAUUUUGGGUAUGGAUUAUAAAUGCAUUAAUUCAUUCGUCACUAUUAUACUGGCUGCCGCUAAUGGCUCUGAAGCAAGACGUUGCUUGGGCAAACGGUAGAGACGGCGGUUAUCUUUUAUUAGGAAAUUUCGUCUAUACGUAUGUUGUAGUAACGGUAUGCGGGAAGGCGGGUCUAAUAAUAAACUCAUGGACAUGGGUCACCCAUUUGGCGACGUGGGGGUCUAUAAUACUUUGGUUCUUAUUUAUUUUUAUAUAUAGUAAUUUUUGGCCCGUCUUAAACGUUGGUGCUGUAAUGCUGGGUAAUGAUAAAAUGUUAUUUUCAUCGCCUGUUUUUUGGCUAGGACUUAUAUUAAUACCUAUCGCGGUAUUACUAUUGGAUAUCACAGUAAAAGCAGUGAAGAAUACAGUUUGGAAAUCUGUAACGGAAGCAGCUCGAGAGAAUGAAAUUAGGAAGUCCGAUCCUGGUGAUAUAUUCAACAAUCAGGAUUAUAGAAGUUCAUUGACCGAGACGGCGAGGUUGCUGAAAAAUGUUAAAAGCGUUUUCACCAGGCGCUCGAACGCCGCCUCCAGAGUCAAUGUCGAGGUGGAGCUAUCACCAGAGAUUAAUGAAUUGCGACCUUUGUUAUUGCGCAUGCUGCGCGAUGCAGAUGGUUUCGCGUUCUCGCAAGAAGAAGGUGGCUCGGUGACCCAGACGGACGUGAUCAGAGCCUACGACACGAAUCUUCCAAAACCCGGUGGCAUGUGAUUUAAGCGGAGUGGCCGUCGUGCGGCAAAAUGAUGCAGGCUGCUCUUCCAAGCAGUGAUGAGCUCCGCAUUUUACUCGAUUGACAUGGGAGAGGAUCACCAGAACGAUGUAUGACAUUGGGAUCAGAUCGAUGAUAAGUUUAAGGAUCGAGAAGACUCGAGAGAAAAAAUUCCUAUUCUUUAAUUAGUCGAAUUUUACUAAGUUAGAAUCUGACGAUCCUAAUGAAAAUGGCCUUUCAAUCGCGACUGAUCAUUCAAAUAUUUUAUUUCGUUGGACUUAUCACUCGGGAAAAGGGAAUUGUAUACUUGUAAUCUAAUGCGUGCAUUCGAAAUGGAUGCGACUAAUUAAUAUGUCAAUAAUGUUCGAAGAAAGGAUUCCUCUUUGAAUUACUGCGAUCUACUUUUACAGAAGGAUGCUCUAAUAUUAGCACGAGUAAUUAUUUUGAUACUUCAUGAAAUUUAUUCUGAUAUAUUGUAGAGAUCUCGUCCUUAAAAUAUCGGAUAGCAACGCAUUUCACUCGCGAUGCAUUUGGAAACGCAUUUCGUGUUAGUAUCAAAAUUGUGUACGCAAUCUUAUGUAGUAAAAAAAAAAAGGAAGAAAAAAAUCGCGUCUAUUCUUGUAAAACGCAAGAACGGAAUGCCGUUCUAUUUCUUCUUCUCAAGAAUAAAA